AUGAAAGCCUUUUUCGCUCUUUCAUGCCUACUGUCGGCUGUACAGGCUGUCACCCUCUCAGACUGCCCCGGCUACAAGGCCUCAAAUGUCAAAACAACCGACACAGGUCUCACGGCCGACCUAGGGCUGAAUGGCGCUACCUGUGGAAUCUACGGUAGAGAUCUUCAUACUCUCAAACUAAUUGUUGAAUAUCAAACAGAUAAACGGUUGCACGUCGUGAUUCAAGAUGGUGGCUUGAAUGUCUUUCAAAUUCAGGAAGACAUCAUUCCUCGGCCCGCCAACAAUAAGGCCAAGGCUGCGGAUUCGGAUCUAGAGUUCAGCCUUAUCGAACAGCCAUUCUCCUUUAAAGUGAAAAGACGCAAGACCGGCGAGGUAUUGUUCGAUACAACAGGGAAUAAGCUCGUCUUUGAAACCCAGUUUCUCCACUUCAAAACUAACCUACCGGCAAAUCCCAACUUAUACGGCCUUGGAGAACAUACCGAUUCAUUUCGAUUCAACACAGAUGGCUCCUAUAGGCGCACACUCUGGAACAGAGAGGCUCCAUUCGUUCCCAGGAAAUCUAAUCUGUACGGCAGCAUGCCGAUGUAUAUAGAGCAUCGCGACACCGGGACCCAUGGCGUUCUUUUCCUCAAUUCUAAUGGAAUGGAUAUCAAUAUGACCAAGACUACUAACGGCCAUUCACUCGAGUAUAAUACUCUUGGAGGUAUCGCCGACCUUUACUUCUUCUCCGGCCCAGAUCCUACGGAUGUUAGCAAGCAACAUGCCGAAGCUUUCGGUUUGCCUGCAAUGAUGCCAUAUUGGUCCCUCGGCUUUCACCAGGCUAAGUACGGUUACUGGGAUGUCAAUAUGCUGGCUGAAGUUGCUGCAAACUAUUCUACAGCUAAUAUCCCACUCGAAGUAGUCUGGGCUGAUAUCGACUACAUGGACUACCGGAAGGACUUCACCCUCGAUCCUCUACGUUUCCCUCUGAAGAAGGUUCGAGAGCUUGUAUCAACUCUCAAGAGUCGCGACCAGCGCUUUGUCAUGAUGUUAGACCCCGGUAUUAGUAACAAGGCUGGUUACGCUCCUUUUACUCGCGGCCAUAACAAAAACGUCUUCCUCAAAACUGCCGGUGGUUCUGACUUCCGGGGCGUACAAUGGGCCGGAGUUGUCGUCUGGCCAGACUACCACUCUCAGGAAGGGCAGCAAUGGUGGAAGGAUGAAAUCCUGUCUUUCUUCAAUCCGGACACCGGGGUGGACGUCGAUGGUAUCUGGAAUGACAUGAAUGAACCCUCGAACUUUUGCCCCGAUGUCAAUUGUGAUCCCGUUGCGCAUGCUAAAGCUGCCAACGCACCGCCCGAGCCUAAGAAUGCUCCUCGAGACAAUACAGGGCGGCCAAUCCCCGGGUUUCCGGCCAGCUUUCAGCCAAAGAGUUCAAAAGGAAGCCUUCCAGAUGAGAUAGAGGAAUACAAUGGUCUCAUUGGGGACGACCUACCCCUUGUUCAGAGGACAACAAAUCUUGUGAAGCGAGCAGAUGGAGACAAGAAAGGUCUCAACGAGAGAACAAAUUAUUAUCUCCUCAAUCCCUUUUACCGAAUCAACAACGCCAAGGGUGACAUCAGCAAGGUCACUGUCUACACCAACAUUACCAACCAUGACGGCACCAAGCAUUAUGAUACUCACAAUUUGUAUGGCCUCACAAUGACCAUUGCUAGUUAUAAGGCGAUGUUGGCUCGUAGGCCAACAAAGCGCCCCUUUGUUCUUACGCGAUCGACCUUCCUUACAACGGGAGUGUGGUCCGCUCACUGGUUCGGUGACAAUUAUUCCAGCUGGGACGACUAUCGGUUCUCUAUUUCGCAAAUGCUCACCAGUUCUGCUGUCCAUAACAUGCCCAUGACCGGAUCAGACGUCUGUGGCUUCAAUGGCAAUGUCAAGGAGGGAAUGUGCGCUCGGUGGGCUAUGCUCUCCGCAUUUCAACCUUUCAUGAGGAAUCAUGCUGAGAUCGGCGCGCCGCAUCAAGAGUUCUAUUUAUGGAGUAGUGUGACCAAGUCGGCGCAAAAGGCCUUGGACGCGCGGUACCGUCUGAUGGACUACAUCUAUACGGCCCUGCAUAUGUCAAGUACAACUGGAUCUCCAAGCGUGUACCCGUUGUUCUUCCUAUACCCUCAAGAUAAGAACACGUAUUCGAUCCAGACACAGUGGUUCUUGGGCAAUUCCAUCCUCAUUUGUCCUGUUGUUACCGAUGAUGGCACAUCAGUUGCCUUUUACUUGCCAGAUGAUAUAUUUUAUGACUUCUGGACUCUUAAACAAGUCAAGGGCGAGGGUAAGACGAUGACACUGAACAAUCUAUCGCUUCAAGAUAUUCCAGUAUACUAUAGGGGAGGAACAAUUGUGCCACAGCGAAGCAAGUCUGCAAUGCGAACAGCGUCCUUGCGAGGUAAUGAGUUCACUCUUUUCGUCGCUCCCGGCAAGGAUGACUCUGCCACUGGCUCUCUAAUUCUAGACGAUGGCGAGAGUCUCAAGGGAAGCACUUCAGAUAUCCAGUUCUCAUACAAGGGCGGCAGCUUGAGCGUUACGGGAUCCUUUGCCUACAAAUCUGGACGCAAGGUGGAGAAGAUUGUGAUUCUUGGAGCGGAUGGUCAAAAGAACAAAACGGGAUCGUGGUCACUUGACAGUGCUUUUUCGGUUUCCGGCUUCUAG